AGACGUCCCCCAUCUCCAGAGAUGCUGCCUGCUGAGUUACUUCAGCAUUUUGUGUCUACAGGGUUGAACGCUGGUCUCUGAGGCAGCAGCUUUACCAACAGGGCCGCGUUUCUUAACUGUUUCUAAUUGAGGUUGAGGAUCGAUACCCCUGGGGAGACUGACUGCAGAAGGCAGAGGUUCGGCUCCCGCUCUGGCCUUGACUCUGGUUCUGGCAAUCAAUGGGCGCUGGACCCCACGAUAAACAUCACCUGUUGUAGUAAAUAUCAGCAUCUCGGGCAAGGCUUGCUGCUUCUGAAGUGCUCACGGAAGUUCUCUCCAGGGAUACUCCCUGACCCGCUGAGUUGCUCCAGCAUUUUGUGUCUAUAUUCGGUGAUUUAAGUACAAGCCAUCUCGGAAUCAUUGCGGAAGAAACUUCCUUGUGGCUCUGUCCCCCAAUCUGCAUAAUACUGGCUCCCUUUUGGUCCAGGGAGUAAAAUGGAGCAAAAGCUAUCCAAAGAAGCCUUUGUCAGCAACUUCAAUGGUACUACUCUGACUGAGAAUUCAGUGGGUUUGGUUUCAUGUGUAUUGUCUGUUGCCUAUCGAGGCUUGAUUUUAAUGUAUUUCUUUGGAGAAAGCACCGAAUCAACAUGGAAAAGAUUCCUAUUCGUUGACUUUGCUGUACUGGUGGCACCUCUUGUAUUGUAUUGCACUGUUUUGUCAGCUGUGCUUCAUUGGGUGGUGCUGGUUCUAGUAGUUGUUCUGGUGAUAUCUGUAUUUCAGAUAUACUAUCGAAGAAAACGGAGUGCCCAUCAACACUUGAAAGAAGUUAUAGCAGGAUUUUUGGACACCAGCCUGGAUAUGAAUCGUAUUCCCUUUGUCACUUUGUUUCGAGUCUAUGUUAACAUAGUGACUGACAUCUGCAUUUUAGCUGUGGACUUUCCAAUAUUUCCAAGACGCUUUGCUAAAGCUGAAACAUAUGGGAAGGGGUAUAUGGACUAUGGUGCAGCAGCUUUUGUUUUUUCAAAUGCACUUGUUUCUCCUGAAGCAAGACAGAAGAACAAAAUUGGAUCACAUUUUAAAUUUAGUUUUGCAGUCAAACAGAUAAUAGCAGUUUGGCCGUUAAUUUUCUUGGGAUUUGUUCGUCUAAUAAGUGUUAAAUCUGUGAAUUAUCAUGAGCAUAUCUCUGAAUAUGGUUUGCAUUGGAAUUUCUUUUUCACACUGGCAGUAGUUAGGAUCCUAUCAUCUUUUAUUUUUGUAUUGUGCCCUGUAAGAAGCUCAUGGAUUUUGUCAGGUGGUAUCGCCCUAUGUUAUCAAUUCCUCCUUGAAAUGACAAAUCUGAAACAAUUUAUAUUACAUGGCAGCGAUGGCAAAGGUACGAGGGAUGGGUUCAUUAAUGCUAACAGAGAAGGGAUUUUUUCCAUGUUUGGAUAUGUAUCUAUUUACAUGGCUGGUGUACAAGCUGGCAUUUUUAUUAUGAAGAGGAGGGUGUUUGUAAAAGACUGGAUAAAAAUGCAGGGCUGCCUUGCCAUAAGCCAUUUUAUAUUAUUGUUGCUGUUGCAUGCGUGCGAGGCACUUGUAGAACCUGUAUCCCGACGGAUGGCCAAUCUCGCUUUUGUCCUCUGGACAGUUGAACACAGUUUGCUUUUUAUCAAUCUGUACAUACUGGUUGAUCUUGUUUUAUUAUUUGUCAAAUUUCUGUCGGGGAUGUCUAAAGCGCCGUGUUCGUGGAACAUUUUACCAGAUACUCCCCAGCACAGAAAAGAAAAGACUUUGUCAAAAAACAAUGCUUUGGAAAAAGUAGAUAAAAACACAGUACGUUUCUGUCUUAUUGAUGCCAUAAACAGAAACCAACUAUUGUUUUUCCUGCAAUCUAAUAUUUUGACAGGUUUGGUAAACUUUACAGUGGAUACUGUUCAUAGCAGCACAUAUAUUUCCUUAUUUGUACUGAUGCUUUACAUGUUCUGCAAUUGUAUCUCUGUAUAUAUUUUACAUAUCAAUGACAUCACUUUAAAGUUUUGGUAAUUCAGCAUACACAUCCUUAGUAUCUCAACACGUAAUAUAAAAGAAAACUAAAACAUUUAGAGAUGUUCAGCCAUUGGUUUAUGCCAAGAAUACAUGAAACAAUAGAAAUGUAAAGUUAACUCCAAGAGAUUUGGCAGAGCAAUCAUUACUAUUCCUUGCUUUACAAUGUUGUUUUUCAUCAGAGGAUGCUGAAGCAUACAAUAUAACUUUGAUUCCCGAUUUCAACAUAAUCAUAUUUCACUAUAAAUAAUUUUAUUUUUAUAUUAUUAGUUAGGAAUAAGGACAUGAUGAUUUUUCGAUAGGGUCUAAAUUGUACCAGAGCAUGGAAAUAUAAUUAUCUCCGAUCUCGACUCUGCUUCACCUGUGAAUUACAUUUGGUUGUGCUUCUCUUUGGCAAUCAAUUAAUUAUAUUAAAAACUUUGAUUUUUUUUU